AUGGAUACGUCGAACGUAGUGAAUAAACAGUCACAUCAACUAUUGCCAGUCUCUUCAAGCAAUGCAAUUUCUUGUAAUCAAGAUGUGGUGAAUAAAAACAUGAUAUCUACCUCACACCCGACUUUUGACGUAUUGGAGCUCCUAGGCCCUUCACUAUCUGAAGUAUUGACUUUCGUAAACCCACCAAAGCCGCGACGACUUCAAGAGACGCAGCAGAAUGUUGACGAGGUUUCGAAUGGAAUUGAAACGAUAGUCCCAGGCAAUCAAUCGUGCGAAAGCAGCAUAAGCUCGCUGAUAAACGUCGAAUCGCAGUCCAAAUUUGACCUCUGCUUGUCAAGAUCUGCCAUCAUAGGUGAGUUAGUAGAUUUGUCGGCUGACAAUGCACGCAAGAUACAAGAAUAUUUUGCUAAAAUGAUGAGCACGAUUCAGUGCGAAGCCACGGGACUCGUACUACUUCACGACGCAACAGUCGUCAUCUUUCUUGAAACGACUGCUGAGCAAUUUAUACUUAUUCUUAAGCAAUUACAACAACAGCCGAUUGUCAAAGUGCGCUCAAUGAAAAUACUUGCCAACUGCGACGGUCAUGGAGUGCAAAUUCUGCAAGGUCUGUAUUUCAAAAAGAUCGUGAUCAAUCGUAGCAAUAAAGGCGAUUGGACCGAUGAUGCUCCUCAACAAUGUAUUGUUGAUACAUUCCUUAAUCUGAUCAAGUUUGUUAAAAAGAUUGGACCCAUGCUACCUGGAGAGAUCCAAAAGUGUUUGACGAAUCUCUCAAAUACUGAUCAGAUUUUUCUUCCGUCCAACGAACUCGUGCUAUGGCUUUUGGGUCGUGAAGAGCUAAUGACACUGGACGAAUAUCUGGCCUUUUUUGACAGCCCAAUCGCGGUGGAGCUUGAGUCAGAUCGGGUGUGGCCUGUUCGCCCUCUGGUUUAUUACUAG